GUUAAUCAGAAAGCUUUUAUGGAGACAUGAUGACUACCGUUGUAAACUGCAUUUCCCACGAUGCCACUUUAAAAACUACGAUUCCCAUGAUGCACUUAGAAGCGGGAAGUUUUGACAUUCUGACCAGAAAGUAUCUCUCGGUGGCUUUUCAUUUGUCUCACAGGAUAAUAUAUGGGUUAGAUUACCCAAAUUCGGACAAGGUAACUGGAACCUGAUUCAUCAACUGGGACAUGGAUGCCUGCUUCUAGACUGCCCCCCCUAACAGGAAGCACAAUGGUUUCUCCGGAAGAAGAGUGUAUUAGACUGUUUGCUCUCAACAGUGACAUCCUUUCAGUCCAAUUGGCACCCUCCUUUUCUGAGAGGCAGUCUCAGUCAGGGUCAGAGCUUAGGUUGAGAAGGAUGUUCUUUGGGCGAGAGGCGGGACAUUUCUUGGUCCGCAAUGAAAGCAAAGUGCUUGUCAGCAAAAGGGCCACUUCACAGUUUGGCCUGGUUACUUGUGCCCCUGCUGUGGAUGUAAAAAAUGGCCAAGUGCUUCCUUGUAUUUUACUCAAACAACAGAAGAGAAAAACAAACUCCUUCAAAUACACACUUCUCACUCUUAGCUGCUCAGACUCCUUCGAGCCACACUUAGAGUUUAAGCUGCCAUAUGAAAUGAAAGACAAUAUUACAAUUGCACGGGGCCCCACUGUGUUAUGGAGUCAUGAGAAUAGUAUUUUUUAUACAUCUGUGGAAGUUGGUGAGGUUCAGCAAGUAUAUGUUCAGUUAUUGUCAGUAUGUUAUAUUGGCGAGUUACCCAUUGGCAAAAGGAACAUAAUGAUCCUUGGUUCCCAAAAACCAGCUGAGAAGGACCAUGAUAAGCAGCCGAAGAUCACCUGGCCACACCAAGCUGUUGGAUAUUUCCUGGAGGAUGGAGAGCUUUUUGACGGAGCUUGGAUUUUACCUCAUGCGUACAUUUCUGUCGUGAAAUGCAUUUUUUUUGUCUCGGCUGAACAAGUAGGCGACAAAUUUCAGUCGUCAUUGGUGGCGGCAACCAGCAAAAAUCAGCUGGUGCGGUUCGAAACUGGGGUCCCCAAGGACAUUUGCAAGCUUCCCUUUGAGGAACCUGCCAACGUGCAGCUGGCAGACACAGGACUGGCCGGCUGCUUCUUCCUCGUCUCGUUCCGAGGGGGAAAUGUUUGUGCCAUUUGGAAAAACUCUUUUCAGGUGGCUCACUGCUGGGAGGGUGUGAGCUCGCUCCAUGUGGACGACUUUGUGGGUCGUGGCACUGACCAGAUACUGCUGCUCUUUGAGAAGCAUGAACCAGCAGAGGGUGCACUUGCAAACUUUGUCAUCACCGACCUUGGUGAUAUGACUUACAAUACCAGACAGAAUGUGGUGGAUGACGCUUCAGGUGCUGCAGACUCACUACAGGAGAAUUAUCUCCGGAUGGUCCAGGCGUUAGAGUCUCGACUGCAGUCGGGCAUGACCUCUCUCCGGGACCUUCAGAGAGGGCUGGAGGUGAAAGACAGGCUCCUGCUGCAGUCAGUAAAAGCCCUGGUAGAUGCUGUUUCGGGAAGAGAGCAUGUCGUGUCCAGGGCGGAACAGGAGGGCUUGGUAUCUCUGUGGGAUGAAGAUGUGGAGGAUGAAGGCCCAGAUGAGAGGCUGACCGCAUUUGAGCCCCACCCUCUUCCCGUGGAGAAGAUAUGGCAGCGUGUCGUUGAGGAUCGCCUGGUCGUGGGUGCGGUGCUGACGGAGGAGACUGCUUCAUCAGCAGAGAGCGUAAGUUUGUCCCUCUUGUCAGAAGACGGCCAGGGCUCAGGGGUGCAUGUGCUGCAGACCCAUAGCAGAAUGUUCCGGUUUCCCUGCCCCUCCACUGUAAAGGAGCCCCUGGCCAAGAGGACGAAGCAGGACCGAAGUAACAGUGCUGAGAGGCUGACUGUUACCGUGGUGACUGACCUGGCCCCACUGGUGGCCUGUGGCAGUAUUCAGUGUGCUGUGCUGCUUCACAAUGGCUGUAGCCAGGGGGGCACUUUUGCCAAGCUGUGUGGUCAUGUCUCCCUGGACAUCCAGGAUGUGGCUCAGGGAAAAUACUGCCCUCACCUGGUCAACUGCUGCAAGUUUACUACAGAGGAGUGUUCCGAAGACCUCCUGAGCCUGCUGGCAGCGUGGGAAUCCUGCUCCUUCGUUCUCCGCUCCCCUGAGCACACCCUGCACUGCGUGCCCCACUGGCUACUGGCAGUGGCACGUAGCGAGCCUGUGCCGUUCAGCCCCGGCUACUUCCUGUUUGCGGCAGCGGAGCCGCGUGCGGCCGUCCUGUUCCGCUGGCAGGAGAGGACGCCAUUCCAGGGCGAGCUGCGCGUCUGCUGCAGGAGCCGGGCUCAGCUGCUUCAGGUUUUGGACUCUCUGUGUCGCUCCCUGCCUCCAUCCUGUGAGGUCCAGCCCAUCCAGGGGAAGGCAGCGGAGGAGUUGGUACUGGUGCUGGCCUCCUCCCUGGAGCGGGAAGCACUGACCCUACGAGAUGGCGUGUCCUCACUCCUCAGUGCUGCUAGCAUGGCGGCGCAGGGCGGAGCCCAAGAAUAUGAGAAGGUGCAGCCGAUGGAUGACCUGCAGGCGCACAGGAUUGAGAUGGAGAGAGACCGGGAGCGGAGCAGGAGCGUCUGGAGCCCCCUGGUGGAGGUGGAGCAGUAUCGUGGGCUCAGCACCGCCGUAUCCCAGUUUGGGCUGGAGGGGGACCUUGUUGCCUACUCGCUGGGGGAGGUUCUGUACACUCCCCAUGCUGUCUGUCAGGGCUGAAGCUUGAAUGUUUGCCAGUUAUUAACAUGUACAAUCCAGCUAUUUCUGUAUGAAUGCAGUCCUGAAAUUAAAUAAAUAAAAUUCUGAUCAAAGUGAGAUUGAAUCAGGAUGCCAUUUUAAAAAUGUUCAAAAGAGCUGAGUUCCCAUUUCAGUGUGCAUUGUCUUCUCAUACGGUAUUUGGGCAUAUUCCCAAGAAAAGUGAUAAUAGGAUUAUAUAUUUGUCUUUAAAUGCUUUAAAUAAAUCCUUGUGUCCAGCAUGAAUUCAGCUUUCUGAGCCUUAUAAGCCACUCAGAAAGGGCUGGCCAGCUGCUACAGGUGCCUGUCCUGCAGAGAUUUUGUGUGGUGGGCGGGUCUUUUGGCAUGGAAAACCCAGAGGGGCUUGGCUAUCGUCACCUCCAACAAGGUGUUUUGCUAGAGUCACUGUUAGAAUGAUAGCUUAAAGAUGCAUCCGCGUAUAAAAUGGGUGGUUUGCUAUAAAUCUGGAUUACUGAAUCCCACCUUUUCUAAAACUGCAGGUUAUUUGCUGUUCUUUUAGUGCUUAAGAGAAAUGGCCCAUCAAAAGGAAGUCUAAAAGCUAUAUUUAACUAUAUUUAAUCAAAUAAAGGGAGUUGCCUGCCUUAUGUAUAAAGUACUAGUCAAAGGUCUGAACACGCAAAGCCGUCUACAAAGAGAGUUGCAUCACGUGACCUGGCCACCUUACCUAAACACAGUAAAAUGAUUUUGGAGGAGUCUGACCAGAGAGUGAGGGCAAAGUGGUCAAUGACUGCUCAGCAUAUGUGGGACCUUCUUAAUCUUAACAUAGCUGAAUCAGAAUCAGAAACUUUAUUGUCAUUACACAAAAGUAUAAUGAAAAUUGUGUGCAGUCCCUUGCAGUGCAAAAAUAAUAGAAUAUAAAAGCAAUAAAAUAAUGUAUAAGAGUUAUUGCACAUUGUUUAAGAAAGAAAUCUUGCACAGAUUUAACUCUAAGGUAUUACACAGGUUUGUGAAAGAGAGCAUACCCUUUCGGUGUUCAUUUAUUAUUGCAACAGCUGGGGGUUAAGGACCUUGUUCAAAGGCCCAAUGGUGGGAUCAAUAUGCUGACCAUGUGACCAUGGGAUUUCCAGCCCACAAAGCUGCCCUCCCACCUCCCUCCACAAGUUAUUGUUUUUUUUUGUUUCGUACUUCCAAAUGUGUCAUUGUAUAGUUUUUAUGUCUUCAUAAUUAUUCUAAAAUGUAAAGAAUAGUACAAAUAAACCUUUCUAUGUGUAA